UUUGCCCUCUCCACUAUGGAUACACACUGCAGUGCUCACUGGAGUUGUAGCCGUAUCGCUUCUCCCUCCUCAUUAAGGACCAACAGUGAUGUUGGCGCUGCCACAGAUGGAUGGAUGGCUUCGGUUCCCUAAGCCUGCGCCGUCUCACUGACAACCCUGCCUGCUGCUGCUGAAGUGAGAAUGCUCUCCAACAGGAUUGUGAUAAAGUGGGAAGUAUCUUCUGCGGUGCAGUGUAUUGACCACACACACUUCUUUAUGUGUGGGCAGCUGCAGCGGCUGCUCUUCGCCUGCCGGCACGGGGAGGGUUAUUUGGCUCCAGUUCCAAGUUAUGAAAGUGACAUUGAGCACGGACAUGGACCGGUGGAACCUAUAUCCUUCCAGCCCAUGGGAUCGGAGAGGAUGGAGAUGCGAAAGAGGCAGCUGUCAGGGCAGCAGGAGGCGGUGGCGGGGGUGACAGUGACGGCGCCGGCACAGCAGGGCCAGGCCGGCCAGGGCCAGCGUGCCUCCAACGCCUGCUGCUUCUGCUGGUGCUGCUGCUGCAGCUGCUCCUGUCUCACUGUUAGGAAUGAAGACAGAGAGGAGAGGAACCGGAAAGCCUCGUACGACGUCAAAGCAGAGGGCACCACCGACUGUGAGGAGAGCCCGAAUCCCACUGUGGAAGAGGUGCGCGCGUGGGGGCAGUCCUUCGAUAAGCUGAUGCACUGCCCAUCCGGACGCAGUGCCUUCCGCCAGUUCCUGCGGACAGAGUUCAGCGAGGAGAACAUGCUCUUCUGGCUGGCCUGCGAGGAGUUCACCAAGGAGACCAACAAGAGCGCCAUCGAGGAGAAAGCUCGCCUCAUAUACGAGGACUACAUCUCCAUCCUCUCACCCAAAGAGGUGAGUCUGGACUCGCGUGUGCGGGAGGUCAUCAACAGGAACAUGCUGGAGCCCACGUCUCACACUUUCGAUGACGCCCAGCUGCAGAUUUACACCCUAAUGCAAAGAGACUCAUAUCCGCGGUUUAUGAACUCGGCGGUCUACAAAAACCUGCUGAAGAGCGUCUCUGAGCAGUCUCCAGAAUCCUAGAUCUCUGUGACCCCACUCCAGUAACCCCACCCUCUCCUUCUUCUUCUUCUUCUUCUGCUUCUGCUUCUUCUUUUUGUUGUUCUUUUUUCUCAUUUUUUUCUUUGAGUAGAGUAUGUUUAAAAGGACCUCAGCGUGGGUCCCUUGCAGGGAUUUUACUGCAUUAGAGAUCUGUACCUGAAAAAAGACACUCAGGUCCUCCAGGUCACUGGAUUUUAAAAACAAUGUCUCAAAUCUCCUGAGGGCUCAACACCACAAGUACUGCUACAGAUCAACAUAGCAAGAUGCUCCAAAGGAAUACCAGUGUGUUUUUUUUUUCUUCUUUUUUUUCUUUCUUUGGUGUUUUUAAAGAGGAAUAAUCUAUUUUAUUUGUUUUCUGAGUUUCUUUUUUAAUUAUUGUUUUUAAAAUACAAUUUUUUGUAUUCUGUUUGAAAGAAGACGUGACACCCGUUGUGGGCUAUUUACAGUAUAUACAGUAGAUAUAUUUAUUGAAUUUGUAAUAUAUUUCCUCAACAAUCUUUCUUGUCUUACAAUAUUUAAAGAAAAGGGAAUUAUGGGUAACAGGACGUGCCCAGUUCUGAACACUGCGUAUGAGAAUCAAAGCUCAAAGUCAAGGCAACACAUCAGCUUUACGCACAGGAAACUGUGUGAGGUACUGUAACAAUCCAGCUCCGCAUAUUUCAUUACCUGUUCCCUCCCAUAAUCACUUGGCACCUCCAAUUGGAGAAGACAUUUCGCCAUAUUUAAGAUGUUUUUGUUAUUCAGAUCAGUGUUAAAAGAGUGAAAAAAGGCAGAAACUAAAUAGAAAGUUAUUUGAAAGAAAAUCAAAUCUCAGAUUUAUAAAUGCUAUCAGCUAAUCAGCAAACCCACUCUUCAUCAUAUUUAUUAUUUAAACCCUGAUUUCAUUCAGUUACAUAUUUCCCAGGCAUAUUGCUCAGUGCAUAAGAGGACAGUGCCACAGGUUUGCUUUCUUGUUGUUUGUACUCCAGCAAAGUGGAUUUUUAAAAUGAAACUAUGAGUGUGAUUUUCUGAAGUGCAGAAGGUUAUUUUUCUAGAGUAACUGUAUUUAACUGUAACUGUAUUAUAAGACGCACUAUUAACAAACAUCUAUUUUCUGGUCUAUUUCAAUACAUAAGGAUUAUAAGGUGCAUUUUAAGCGACUAUAGUAAAGAAACAAGUGUCAUGUGUCCCUCCAUUCAGCAGGUCUCGCUGCUGGGGGCGCCUAAGUAAACAAAAUUUAAAUUCUUAGAAAAAAACAUUUUCUUUCAAAGUUUAACGAGCCCUGAUGUUAAUCUACACAGACUUCUCUCCUGAAAACUGUUUAUCUGGGUGAGUAAAGCACUUCGGUUUAUUUACAGUAAGCUUAGAUUUCCAAUAUUUUAGCAUUAUUAGCAGCAGCGCUAGCCACGAUUAGCUGCAGCCCUAGCCGUGGUUUGCAGUGUUUAGCGCUAGUAAAUGGCACCCGACAGCACUACACUGAAGAACCCUGAGUGUUCUGGUAAGCCAGGAUGCUAUCAGCUAGCGGUUCAUCCCAAGUACCUGGUUUUAACAUGGUAGACUACAGUCCAAUAUACUCACCUCUGAACGGUGAAAGAGCUAGCACUGCGGUUAGCGGCUACUGCUAACACGGCUCCAGCCUCGGUGCUGGAGGUGGUGAUUAUAAGACGCAAUGAAAAUUUUUAGGAAAAUUAAAGGAUUUUAAGUGCGCCUUAUAAUGUGAAAAAUAUGGUAUCAGCUGAAACAUGCAGCACUCACAAUCCCUUUGUUCACAGAUGCUUCUGAAGAUCUCCCUAUCUUCCAGGAGCUGUUUUAGGCCUGUUCACACAGUCAGGAUUUUUUUUUUUUAAUCAAUGUAGCCUUUUCUUUAGCAUUUUGGUCUCCUGUCCAAAUUAACAUGGUAUUUAGUUGAACUUUUCAACUUUUCAUGAACUCUGUUUCCUGAUCAGCAUUUAUGAGAAAUGAGAAAUGGCUGAAAUAACAAAAUGCAGAUGUAGAGUUUUCAGACCUCAAAUAAUGCAAAGAAAACAAGUUCAUAUUCAUAAAGUUUUAAGAGUUCAGAAAUCAAUAUUUGGUGGAAUAACCGUGGUUUUAAUCACAGUUUUCAUGCAUCCUGGCAUGUUCUCCUCCACCAGUCUUACACACUGCUUUUGGAUAACUUUAUGCCACUCUUGGUGCAAAAAUUCAAGCAGUUCAGCUUGAUUUGAUGGCUUGUGAUCAUCCAUCUUCCCCUAGAUUAUAUUCCAGAAACUCAUCAUUUUAGGUGAACUCUCUUUUUUCCAGAGCUGUAUAUGAAUACACUAGAUACAUUUGUAAAUAAUGAUCAAAUAAAGCUGACUGCACUUCAGUAGUUAUACCCAUUGUUCCAAUUCAGAUCCACUGGAGUACCUAAAAAGGUUUACACUUUGAUUUAAUUAUUAAUUACUAAAAUAUCCAACCUGCUUUAAUCAUAAUGUAAAUUAUGUCUUGAAAGGAACAAAACCCUUUUGAAAUGUAUUAAAAUGUGUUGAUCUACAGUGUGAAAUAUGGUUUAGAUUUAGAUCAUUGUUUCUCAGUGUUAGUCCUAGAGAACCCCUGUACUGCACAUUUUGAGCGUUUUGCUGCUUUAGCACACCUGAUUGGUCACCCUGACCUAUCACCCAUUAGUCCUUUAGUUUUUUUUCCAUAGUUUUCCCACUGUGUUUGUUUGUUUUUAUGAAAUGUUCUUUGUAUUAAUCAUCCUUUAGAAAAAAAAAACAUUUUUGUUUUUGCAUUCCACCGUCCGUCAAACUGGACUGAGUUUUCCAGUCAACUCAUCCUAUCAGGACGUAUUUUUUAUUUUUGCAUUUUUGAUGAUGUUACCACGCACCAGCAGGAGGGGAAAAUCAGUAAUCUUUCGUAAACCUCUCUAGUAACCUGCUUCAUAUCCCUUUUCCACCACCUUUAUCCUAUGAUACGGAGGGAAAAUGCGCUGUAAUUCUGAUUCAGGUUGAAUGGGUGUGUUAGAUCUGGAAAAAAAAACGGCUGAAAUUUGUCACAAAGCUGCUGCGAUUGGAAAACGACUGUUUUGGACCGUCUCCUGAAUUUAGAUGAAAUAAAAUAGGAGUAGAUAUUUUAAGGUUUUAUAUUUUUUGCUUUUAAAAUAGUAGUAGUAGUAUUAUUAAUAGUAGUAGGUGACGCCAAAGUAGCCAAUCCAGAUAAACUGUGUUCUGACUAGUUUACUCUCCAAAACCACUGACUAGAAUUGGAGUUGCCAAGUCUUUUUUUAAUCUUUUGGUUUCUGUGAAUUACUUUGUUGCCUGACUUUCAUGUCGCUCAAAGACAAGAUCCUCACUCACUCGGGGAAGUGCCUUGACAUUCAAUUUUGUGACAUCUCUUUUAUGGCAAUAGUUGAAUCAAACUCUUGCCGCAGAAAUAGACUCUGGGCCUUUGAUCAAUUUAUAAGGUGAUUUGUCCUGAAGUGACUUCGGAACUAAAACUUGCACUUCAUUUGUCAUUCUGUUUUAUUUGACUGAUUUUAAAGAGCAUAUGAUCUGUAGUUUAUGUUGUUGUUAAUCCCCAUCACUGAAGUCACAGCAUAUCUUUGGGUUUGAAUUUAGGACAAUUCAUAAAGGCGGGUUGAUCUGAGUCCAGGUGUGCAUCUGCCAAUACGUAUUACACGGUGGUACUUCUACUUGUCUUAGAGUAACUUACUCAAUAUGUGCAAUUUGAGCUGAUGGAUUCACCACAUAGAUCAACCUCAAAUACAAUCUAAGCCAAUGGUUUGGAGUCGAUACUGCCUAUAAAUGUUUUCCUUUUUCCCUUUCUUUUUUUUUCGUUGUCGUUCUGUCGAGUACACAAAGAAGUGUUAUUUUACGAUCCGUUUACGAGAAAAAGAGAGUACGUUUUUAAAUGAAUAAUAUGUGAAUGUUUACAGUAAAGUAAUUUUUUUCUGUUUUAUUCAACGGAGAAAAAAUAAUAAUAAUGAUUUGUGGGCAUUUGGAAUCUUUAAGAUAAAAUAAAGCACAAUAAUUUUA